AUGUCCUUCAAUAAUUGUGAUGCUGGGUCUUCAGAGCCACCACCAUCGUAUGCUGCCUGUGUAGGCAAUCUGGGCGACGUUGCAGAUUUCCCACCAGAGAAACAGCACAUGAAUGAGGAUCUGCUUGAAGAUAGUAUCGACCUGGCAUCGAAUGCGCAUCCACCCCCUCCGUUCUCCAUCACCCCUGGUAGUCUUGUGCUGGCACCGCAGACAGUCACCAUUCGACCUCCUAUCUCAGGGGCGAGACCAUUAUAUCAGCUGUCGAAGCCACUCGGUAACAACGCUGUGGCACCAUGUUUAUCCCUGUUCGAAGUGCCAGCCACACGCCAGCUUGAAGAAAAUGGUACCCUGAAGACGGUCGACAUGAGCGAUGGUAUAUAUCACAUUCGCGAGGCAGAGAUGGCGCUCAGGAAGCAGGAACGAGCGGUUGUCAUCAGUGGCCAACGACAUGAUCAAUUUAGCGGCGUUCAGCUGCGCAAAGAAACGUCUAUGGGGAUCACAGGCAUGAAGAACACCUUCGAUGUCAUCUCCGACGACGAGACAAAUCAUCCGCGACUGCUCUAUCAUGCCAGGUUCAAGAAGGGAAUACUGGAGUGGCACGAUGGUGGUGGGGAGCUUAUCGCUAUCGAGACGCCCAGUGCAGAUAAAACCCUCGCCGAGGAGAGGCUGGAUAUUGUUGUGUCUAUGGACAAGCCACACUUAGACCUGAUGGUUGCGUUAUGGGUUGCAAGGGUCUGGCAAGACACUGAAGAAUCCGGGCUGAAGGAGGAUACGAAGGAGGCGAAGAAGCGGAAGACUUUGAAGAGAGAGCCUGUUAAACAGGAGGGCAAGCAUUACGGAAUUCUUCAUGGAAUGAAAGAGGCUUUGAAGAUCGGCCAUGAGUCAGGCUUUGAACCUGAUCGGAUGCAUUACUGA